AUGGACAGCUCCAGCGUCAAUGGCAGCGCGAGUGGCGGCAGUCCGCCUGCGCAAAAGCGCCAACGCGCUAAACAGGCCUGCGAGCCAUGUCGCUUGCGCAAAAGGCGCUGCGACUCCAAUAUGCCCUGUAAUAUGUGUACCCAGUUCGAGUACAAGUGCUACUAUGAGAAACAUCCGCGAAAACGAAGCAAAUUGGUCGAGCAGCAUGCGAUUGCCGACGGCGCCACCGGAUCCUCGCACAGUCCAGAGAUGAUCAAGUCAGAAAACAACGGCAACGGCACUCAACCCACGGUCGAAGACAUCUCCAAAAUGCGAUCCAUGGAGGCAAAUUCCGGUAUUGCGUUCACGAGGCUGCUGGGUAUGCGACUGGAUCCGAGUUCUGGGCCGAAACUCUUCACCUUUGGCUGGAAUCUGGGGAGCAACUCGUACAUACCUCCGGCUUCGACACCGAUCACAGAUAUCUUGAAUCAGGACCAGAUGUAUUCACUGGCGAGGCUGCACUUCGCGAACGUUCACCCUCUAUAUGGUUUCCUGGACAAAGACCGCACCAUGGAAGCGAUUUCGUUGCGAUGGUCGCGGCCGGAGGCGUGCGACAUGCCCGAUCAUUUACUAUGUGGCGUGGCUACGCUGGGGAUUCUCUUCUCGGAAGGCGCUCUGACACCAGUACUGCCAGCGCUGGUAGAUUCGCAGAAGAAGACGUUGGAGAGCACGAGUACAAUGCAGCCGCCGUGCUUGGCAGAUGUGCAGUCUUGGGUGGUACGAUGUCUCUAUCUACGGUCUACAGAUCAUCCCCAUGCUACUUGGAUCGCCAGCUGUACCAUGAUGCAUCUUGUCGAAGCGGUCGGGCUGCAGCUCGAAGUCAGCAGUUCCGUGUUGCACCCUGCCGCCAACGACGCUGAGAACGAUCCCGAGAUUCGCCGGCGUACGUUCUGGGUGGCGAGGAUGCUCAAUUCGUGGGUGAGCUUUGAGUAUGGACGAACGAGGGUGGCCCUGCGAGGGAUUACAGCGCAGCUACCCACGCCGAAAGAAGGCGACUACACAGCAGAUUACGUCGAUCUCUACAGCAUCUCGUGUUGCCUUGAUCCAGAGACUUCUGACAAGGCGGGGCAAUGGGAAGAGUUCCUCGAGAAGUUGGACGCAUAUCAGCCCCAACACGAUGGAAUUGCGCUCUCGAAAGCGAAUCUGGGGCUCUGCGGGUACCGACGAUUGCGCCUUGCGAACCCCAACUUAUCCGGCGACAUCAUCAACAAAAUCAUCAACAUUGGUCUGAGAGGGCUCGAAGCUGCAAGACGAAUGGCUGAGAAAGGGAUGCCCUGGUGGCAUGUGGCAAAUGUCCCAUUUCAGACCAUCUGUGUCUUCCUCGCCAUGGACAUUCGAGAAUCUCUGUCUCAUCUUGCGACGGCGAUGCGAACGCUGGAGUUUGUGGUCGAACGAUUUCGGACUGUGGCCAUGAAGGAGGCUCUGAAGACUGCUCGGUUCCUUGUGCGACUCUCGAAAAAGCGCAAAGAUGAAGACUCCGAAGUGCUGGGCCUGAGUUUGAAGAAGGACCAGCCCGCGGAAGACCCCCAGCCCGAAAACCUCAAAGCUGCGACAACGCCAUCGUUACCUCAACCACGGCUCAACGGCCUUAGUGGGCUCGGUGGUGCGAGCGGUAAUAGCAACACAGUGGGUAUGGAGGAAACACCCAUGACGGCGAGCAGCAGCGAGGACUGGAACCUCGACGUCUUGAACGAUUCGCAGUUUGAUUGGAAUUACUUCCUCACCCACGACAUGCCGGCGUUUAAUACUUUCGCACCGGAUGGGACCAUGUAG